GAAACUUUUAGUACCUACCAACGUCAACUUGCUUUAAAGUCUGUUAUUGUUAAAAAAGAAAAAAAAAAUACGAUGAUUCUGUUGUUUUUAAUCCGACGUGUUUAUUAGUCUGUAGCUUUAACUCGUCCAGGAAGCAUGGAUCGUUGAUCGGUUUGUUUACAUGGUGAAUCAGCUGACGAGCUAACGUUAGCAAACUUGAGUCACAUGAGUUGUUAAUAAAACACCAGUUGUAUCUUCUUAAAUGAAACGCGGAGUUAGAGAAGAACUUAGCGUGUAGAUGUAGAAUAGAAAGAUUUGCUAGGAAGGCACUAAGUGAGACAUUUGGGGUAUGUUAAUGGGAGACUAAAGCUGCUACAGAAGGUAAAGGCGUUAGCUACAGGUUCCUGUGUUUGUCAUCGGAUCAGGGGACUGUUUUAAAGGCCCUGUGGUGGCUUCAUGACAAGAUGCCUUGCUCCUGUGGGGACUGGAGAAGAUGGAUUCGGCCGCUGGUCGUUGUGUUGUAUAUUUUGUUGCUAAUUGUCGUCUUACCGCUUGUCAUCUGGGAGCUACAGAAAUCUGGGGUUGGAACUCACAACAAAGCAUGGUUCAUUGCUGGGAUUUUUGUUUUCAUGACCAUACCUAUAUCAUUAUGGGGCAUUCUCCAGCAUCUGGUGCACUACACCCAACCAGAGCUCCAGAAGCCUAUUAUCAGGAUAUUAUGGAUGGUCCCAAUCUACAGCUUGGACAGCUGGAUUGCGCUAAAGUACCCCAGUAUAGCAAUCUAUGUGGACACGUGCAGAGAAUGCUACGAGGCCUAUGUCAUCUAUAACUUCAUGACUUUCUUGCUUAACUACCUGGAGCGUCAGUAUCCCAGCUUGGUGAUGAUGCUGGAGGUCCAGGAGCAGCAGAAGCACCUCCCACCGCUCUGCUGCUGCCCACCUUGGCCAAUGGGAGAGGUGUUGCUGUUGCGAUGUAAACUGGGAGUCCUGCAGUACACGGUGGUAAGACCCGUCACAACAGUGAUCGCUUUGAUCUGUCAGCUGUGUGACGUUUACGACGAAGGCAAUUUUAGCUUUAAAAAUGCCUGGACAUACCUGGUUAUUUUCAACAACAUGUCACAGCUGUUUGCAAUGUACUGCCUGGUUCUGUUCUACCGGGCUCUGAGGGAUGAGCUGAGCCCCAUCAAACCAGUGGGGAAAUUCUUGUGUGUCAAAAUGGUGGUGUUUGUCUCUUUUUGGCAAGCUGUGCUGAUUGCUUUGCUGGUAAAAGUGGGAAUAAUCUCAGAGAAACGGACCUGGGACUGGCAGAGUGUGGAGGCUGUUGCUACGGGCUUACAGGAUUUCAUCAUCUGUGUCGAGAUGUUUCUCGCAGCCAUCGCUCAUCACUUCAGCUUUACCUACAAACCUUACAUCCAGGAGGCAGAGGAGGUCUCCUGCUUUGACUCUUUUAUGGCCAUGUGGGACAUCUCAGAUGUCAGGGCGGAUAUUUCUGAACAAGUUCGUAAUGUUGGAAGGACAGUCAUGGGUCGCCCAAAGAAGUCGUAUUUUGGCGAGGCGCAGAACGACGGCGAGCGUUCUGGGCUUCUGUCUUCGGCGUCUCAAGACACCAUCACAGAAGCUGCAAGCAACCAAGGUCAGUACGAGGGGCUUGGAAGAACCCUCACACCGCAUUCCUUAUCAGCGCCGGCAGGGUUGGACUCGGCUGUGUGGGAAGAAGGUCAUGAGGCUAGAACUGACUCAACCCAAGAUAAUGCAAGGACGAAUCACACCAAAGAACCAGAAGAGGCGGAUCUCAUAGUCAUCACAUAGGUUGGUCUAUUGUCAUAUGACUGGGCAGGUCCCAGGUCCAAAGCUUAGGAAAACAAAUGACACUACAGCUGAUUAAAAUCAGCCGGUGAAAAAUGAAAAGGACCUCUCCGUUAAUGACAGCUGUAUGAAUGUUCAUUCGAAGGUUGGGUCUUACAUGGCUUAUUGACACGCAUUUCACUGUUUUAUGUUGUAUGAGAAAAGAGAGAAGAAGCUUGUGCUCAAAGUUCCCACAAUACAUCCAUUAUAGCCGUUAAAAAGCCAAGAGCAUGUCUGAACCCAGGAUUGUUUCUGUAGCCUUUCAAAUCAUUCUCUCUUAGCAAUGUCUUUAUAUGAAGUCUGACAGAUGAGCAGCUUUCAAAUGUUCUUUUUAUUAGGAUGUUCUUGAGUUGCAGGGCUUUACGGCAUUCAGGAAGCUACAUUACUUAAGAGCGUUAUUAUGUAAAGUUGGCCUUUAAGUGCUUUAUAUCAUGUUAUAUUUCCACAUCAAAAACAUACCCAGAAUGUUGUCUUGACUCUUUCAUACAUGUUUGAGCAAUCCUUGUGUUUCCCAUGGCAACUAUUCAGGGGUGCCUAAAUGCUUAAUCAUACA